CCUCCGGUGACAUUUUCUCUGGCGUCGGGGGCUGAGGCGGGGGAGCGGCGCGGCGGCGACCGAGGCCCGGCUCCUCCCGGCCGCCCAUGCUCCAGCUGCCGCCGCCCAGGAGGGGCCCUGCGUGUCCUCCAGGCUGCUGUCUUGCUGAAGUCCAUAUCUAGUCCACCCAGCCUUCCAGACCACGUACUCCAUGCUUUGAGACCAGGAGGACCUUGGUGUUCUGAAAUGAAGAUGGAGGCAGUAGGAAAAGCAGAAGAACUUGUUGAUUCAGAAGUUCCACCAAAGACUUCUGAAAAGCAAGAGACUGCUCCUGAUGAAGACGGACCUAUAGAACUCGAGACACAAACUCAGAAAGACGACGUGCCCACUGCAGCAGACUCUGCGGUGCUCUCUUCCAUGCCUUGCUUACUGAUGGAACUGAGGCGAGACUCCUCAGAGUCUCAGCUAGCAUCUACAGAGAGCGAUAAGCCAACGGGUGGUCGAGUUUACGAAAGUGACUCUUCUAAUCAUUGCAUGCUUUCCCCUUCUUCCAGUGGGCAUUUGGCUGACUCAGAUACAUUGUCUUCCACAGAAGAGAAUGAGCCCUGUCAAGCUGAAGCUGCUGUAGGGGGAGACCCUUCGGCGGCAUCCGGGGCUGCAGCUGGGAGGAAAUCCAGGCGAUCCAGGUCCGAAAGUGAAACUUCAGCAAUGGCUGCCAAGAAAAACCGACAGUCUAGUGAUAAGCAGAAUGGUCGAGUUACCAAGGUAAAAGGUCAUCGAAGCCAAAAGCACAAAGAAAGAAUUCGGCUGUUAAGGCAGAAACGGGAGGCAGCUGCUCGCAAGAAGUACAACCUGCUGCAGGACAGCAGUACCAGUGAUAGUGACCUGACGUGUGACUCGAGCACAAGUUCAUCAGAUGAUGACGAAGAGGUUUCAGGGAGCAGCAAGACAAUCACUGCAGAGAUACCAGCUGGCUUCAGUCGUGCUGGGGGAUCUGGAGGAGCGACCAGGGAAAUUCCAGGAUUGCUUGACAGGGGCACCGUGUGGGAUAGGAACUGCAUAGGCAAUGUCCUGGAAGAGGCCAUGAACUGCUUUGCCGAGAUGCAGAGGCAGACAGAGGAGAAAUUUCGCAUGUGGAUAGAAAAGCUAACCCGUCUUGACACGGAUGAAGAAAGCAAGCAACAACUGGAGCCCAGGGAACCUAAAAUUCAACUAGUUGGCCAAAGAAUCCCCCCUACCACCCAGUCAGGGGCUUUCAUACAGAUGCCUGAUAGCCAAGUACUUCCACAGCAGUCAUUUAAUUCUUACAUGGGCUAUCAAAAUGUCGAUGCUACACUAGAAUUUCCAGCGACUUUUAAUAACAAUUUUCCACCUAUCUUUCCAGAGAAUGGGAAUAUUGCAGAGCCUGACCUGAAUCAAUCAUAAACUUACAAAAAAAAAAAAAAAUCCGCUCUUUGCAAUCUUGAUGUUACUUUGGAUUAUACUAAGAACAAGGUUUGCUUUUCUCUUCCUAUAUGUUUGUUUUGUUUUUCUCUUUUGGGUUGUAUUACCAUGGUAUCAUUUUUUUAAUUCAUAGACAGUAUAUAUGUCGUUUAAAAAACCCCACAGUGUAACUGUGUGCAUGUGCCAGCACACACAUACAAACACCUUUAAAGGUGUGGGGGUAAACCACCCUAAGCUUUCAUCACCAAACUUGGGAAAAUGUAACUUAGAAUCCUUGUUUAGAUACCCCCAAAUCAGUAGAGCUAUGUUUGUUACAGUAGGAGCAUUCAGAGUAUUCGUCCAGAUGCGCUUUUUGCAUGUUAAAACAUUUAUAUAAGGAAAUAAGUUUUAUAUUUAAAGAUGUAAAGUACCCUAGAGAACCAGGCUAGAUACAGACCCAUAACUUUUUCUUAACUAUCUGUUUACAAGUUUUGCAGCUUGAACAUGUCACACAGUAGUUUUUUUUUCUUCUUCCUUUUUAGGCAGAAGUAAUAAAUAAGCUUUUCCUAAAGAUUCAGCUAUAUAUAACAAAUGUGCACGACUGGUUAUUUUUUCUUUCUGUCUCCCAUUUAGUAGUUCAUUUUCUGUCCAGAGUUUUUAUUAAUGUCACUGCUGUGUUGCACAUAGCAUAUUUAUGGAAGCAGCUGUCUUACACUGUGUACACAAAUACGCACAUGUAUACAUAGAGAUAUAUGUGUGUGUGUGUGUUCGGUUUGGGUGGAAGUCAUCUCCUCUAAGUUUAGGUGUCUAGUUUGCUGUUCUGUGGAUCUCCUUCUGAGUCAAUGGGAAGAGAUAAGCGCCUACAGAGCAUACCUCCUGCCAGCAUCUUUCUCUUCCAUUAGUGGUCUGAACCUCCCUUACAAACAGUUUAGAACAGAUAACUUUUGGCUGAAGUUAGGUGAGAUGAAUCACACCCAACACGCAUGACCUGCGCAGAAAAAGCGCUGCUGCUUCCUUCUGUAUAUACGAUCAAACCGCAUCCUUCGUGCUGGAAUAAAAAUAGUCGUGUCAGUCCGAAGAUAAGCGGCCGCCGGUGGAUGGAUUGAGCCAUGGCACAAGAAUUUAAAGGAAGGUUUGACGGUCAGAUUAGUAAACACUGUGGUGGUCUGAAGGUGUGGGUUGCUGGCCUGGGUCAGCGGGCUGGAGCUUCUUCUGGACCAUGUUUGAAUGCCACUGAAAAGGUUAUUUACUUGUGAUAACGGGGAAUGCCAGAACAUUAGUUUCAUUUAAAUAAUACAACAACUUGCUAUUGUGUGGAUUUUUUUAUACUGAUAGUUAUCCCGAAUAGGCAGGCUUGAAACUGUGAUGUUUAAAGUAGGAUUGAUUUAAACUAUAUAUUAGAAAUCUCUAUUUAAUUCUUACUGGUAUCAUUACACACAGGGAUUUUUUUGGUCACCUCUCCAUUAAGGCCUUUCUUCAUGUGAAGUAACUUCUCCGUAGCUACCAAAAAUGUAUAUUUAUCAACAGUUAGAACUUGCUAAAAGUUUCUAAUUCAAAUUAAAGUUCUAAUAAUGGAAAUUGAAAGUCUUUACAUAGGUAUAGUUUAACUAAAGAGAACACUAUAGGUCUCCUUUAGCGCUGAUAUUUUGCAUUUUAAACCACAGUCGCGUUUUUUUCUCCCUAAUUAUUUCAGUAUAAUUCCUUUUCUUCCUGUUGGAAAUAAUCACUGUCUUCUGUAGAUCUGGAUUUUUUUCCUCCCUGAAGUCAGUGGGAGGUUUUUCCAUCAAUUUAUGUGGAGGUUUGGAUCAAACCUGUAACAGGAAUUCAAGAAAUGCUUUUUGUUAUCAGCAUAAUAAUAACAGUGGUAUUUUAACAGUAUGCGAUGCCUUCAUUAAAAAAAAAAAGAGUUUAGAGAGCUAUGUUAUUUUCAGAGUAACUGUUUGCAAGACUAUGCAGGAGAUAAUUUUUAACUACUGGAAUAAAUUCUUUACAGAUCACCUUCAUGCAUAAUUUUGAUACAGAGAUUUUGAUAUGAACUUGUAAGAAAACUCCCUCGUCUGACAUUGUGUGCAUUUUUAACUUAACUAUAGGUAAAAGUUAAAUGAGUUAUUUUCUGUUUGAUUGCAAUUUAAUAAAUUUGUCCUCAUCUGUUUAAAAUUUAAGAUCCUUCAGGGAAGAUUCUUUGCUGAUACAAAAAAAUCAGAUCCUUCUGGCUUUCAUAGAUUUGAGAGAUAUAUAUAUUAUAUACACACACCUUUAUGACAAUGAUAAGAGCAGUGUAUUUUAAAGCAUGACGAGUCUUCCCAUGCAUGCAGAAGCAGCUUUUUGCAGUGACUGAUUUCUUUUGAUAAGAGUCACUUAACUCAGUAUGUCUGUAAGCAUGCCCUUAACCUUUUUUAUAAAAUAGUAUAUAUAUGGAGCAAUUAGGUAUUUCAAGACAAAUUGUGUAAGGAGAUCAGUUAAACAUAUUUAUCUCUCAGAAUGAAACAGACUUUUGCCUGCUGAUCUCAUAAAUGGAUGAAAACUUUAUUAGGGAUGUAGCCAGUGAAAUUUCUGCUAGCUUUCAAUGUUUGGUUAGGUAAUCGCUUAAAAAAAAAAAAAUAAUUGAAGUUAUUCACUGUAUUAAUAGCUUAAAAAAUUGGAUUUGGUUGCUAUAGGCAAAAAUGAAAAACUGUCAAACAUGUUUAUCCAUUUAUGUUAAUUGUUGAGUUUUUUUCAAUGCAAGUAGCUGUGAAUGUGAAAGAACAAGCAGAGGAUUAUAGCCGUUGAGCAUACAGACAUCAAAGCUGUACUCUUUCUAGGAUAAAAUUAUUCCAAGGCAACCCAGAAGACGGAGGGAAUAGUUCAUAUUAGAUAUAAUUUUAAUUUAAUUUCCCCACAAAAACUAGCUACUGUUAAGAACACCUGUGCAAGACCAAUGGUUGUAAAUGGUUUUGUAAAUGGCAAAUAGUAUUUUGUUGGGUCGCUCUUUUCACUUAGCUCAAAACUGGAGCCAGAUCCUCAGCUGUCAUAAGUCAUCUCCUUUGAAGUGAAUUUAUACAGUUUAAUGUCUGCUCCAUCAGCUCAUUUCGCCUUCUCGGAGCUGAGAGGGGAAUCCCACCUUUCUGUUGUUCAGGUGUAGUGUACCCUACCUGAUGAAGGAUUUGGCAGGCUGGGCAAUUAAACAGGAGCAUCUCUCUUCUUGCUUUCUGUUGUGAAUGUGAAAGAUGCAGAGCACUAAAGAAACCAACCUUCAGAUACCAAUAUGAGUGCCGAGCCUGUAUUUUAAAUGUCUGCGUGACAGCCUUUGGCAUCUCUUUGAGAAAACAGAUUCCUAAUACAUAAUUUUGGAUUUUUUUAUAUUUUUUUUUUCCUUCUGGAAAUAUUUUUGCUAUAUUAUAUGGCCGCAGUGAAGUUUGUCAUGAUUUCUAUUAGAAGCUCUUAUUUUUCAAAGGGCUAGAAACUUUCAGGGAGUUAAAAUUUCUUCAGCUGAAAUUUUAACAUAAAUUUUAAUCUCACCCAUUCCGUAUUUCAUUAAAGCAGUCUCGCUUUAUAUAAGACUACUUUAAGGUUAUGAGAAGGAAACUCUUCUACUUUCCAGACCAGAGUUGGAAGGUAUGUUUAUGCUCACAUCUCAACAAAUUACUUCAAAACCACCAAAUUCAAAAAGUGGAGGAGAAAUCAGUCAGAGUUUUGCACAGAGGUGGAGAAUCACAGAUGAUAAGUUAGAAUUAUUGCUCUACGUUUUAUAUCCCAGAAUGGAGUAAAGAAACAUUUUAGUUUCUUUUUUUUUUUUUUUUUUAAUCUUACGCUUUGAAAGAGUUAAAUGCAUCAAGUCAGAUCAGCUGGUGUAAACUGGUGUAAUUCCAGGGAAGAUGGUGCCGGUUUAAACCCAGCUGGCUUAUUCAAGUUCCUAUAUUGCCAUUUUUAAUAUUGAAUUAUAUGUUUUCAGUAUGGCAGCUGUUUGGGUAAUUGAACACCCAUGGGACUUGCUGAGACGGGAUUUAGUAGCAGGUGAAACACAGCUAUUUAUUUGUUAGCAUUUUUUGUGCAAGUGCAAAAGAAAGAAGUCUUUAUGUAAAGGCUCAAUUUAAAUGUCACUGAAUGUCAAACUGACAGUUCCAUAAAUGAAAAAUUAAAGGAUCUGCUCCUAGAAUCAGACCCUCUGUAGUAGGAGUCCCUGGAAGCCCAGGGGCUUUAUUUAGGGUGCAGUGGUUUUGCAGGCUUUGGCCACAGGUUCUUCCCCAGGCGUGUGUGCUGCUUCCCUCUCUCGAGUGGGGCUGGGUAAGGAAGGUCUAUAGGAAAUUCCACCCUUCACACAUCAUUUCUUCUGAGGGUUUUGCUUCACAUGCUUCUGAAAAAAAAAAAAAAGUUCAGGCUUUAUUUAGGAAAAAAAUAAUUUUUUUAAGAAAUUAUUUACAACAUUAAAGGCAGGGAAACUUUAUUCAGUGUUUCUCUUGCAAAAAAUAACUGAGCCGGGGAGGGGGGGUAAGCAAAAUCCUAAACCUUUCAGAUAUACUGUUCUUCAGUAUUAUUUUUACCAGUAUUAGGACAAAACUAUUCAGGCAGAAAUAUACAUCUCUAAUUUUUAAGUUCUCAGUGUCUUUUAGUGUUUUUUCAGGAUUGUUACGUUGUUUUAUCUGAGCUGCUAGAGUUAAGACUGGAGGACCAAUCUUAACUUCAAUGAAACGGGAUUAUAUUUGGCAGUUAUUUUACAAACUGAAACAUAUUUAUUAUCACUGAUUUCUCUUGUUAAUAUAUUUUGUUUCUUCCUGUAUCCACAUACUGUAAAUCUCUUAUUUCUAAAAGUAGUAUUUCAAGGGCAUUAAUAAAUUAAAUCCUAGCCCUAUUAAAAGCAGUAGAAAAUCGCUACUAAUUUCAAUGGGGAUAGCAUUUCACCUCCUUAGAAACUGAAAUUUUUCUGCAGUUUUUGGUCACCGAAUCCUUCAGCUGAUUUUAAGGGGAGUCUUUGCCUGAUGAGUGUGUGUAAAUCAGGCCAGUUGACUGGAUUUUUUUUUUUUUAAAUAAUCGAGGUCUGCACUGUGACCACUGCAGUUACUUUUGGAAGCGUUGGAACAAAUCCGCUGUGUAAUUUGUACUGUGGAAGCUAAAAUAUUCAGGCUGAUUGAUAGAGAUGGAUGGUACCUUGCAAAACACGAAGCUAGAAACCGGGUCUUUCUCACAAAUUUCGUUAGUCUCAUCGUGUUAGAUCAGGAAAACGAAGCCACAUGGAAAAUAGGCUUAUUAAGUCAGAUGUGAUUUCAGAGUCUCGCGGACUGAUCGAGCAGGGCCAGCAGAAGUUUUAUAUCAGGGCUGCACCAGUCCUUCCAUGGGAAGAUGCGGUUUUUACUUGCAAAAAUGUGGUAUUUUCUGGAGAGAUGGGUAUGGGGUGCAUGUUUACCUGCCUUUUCCUCAUGUAAUUACAUAGGGAUUUUUCUUUUAUUAUUUUUUUUUCUUUAACUGUCAUAGCUAUGUAAGAGCAGGGUGUGAUGGUUUCCAAAACCCUCCUGAUAUGCUUUUGCAAGUAAAACUGGGGAAGAGAUCUGGCUAAUACAUCUGCUUCCGUAAUUAAUAAAUCAUUGGGUGACAUCAGGGAAAAUAAAUCCUAUCAUGAGAUAUAAAGUGCAGGCCACUUCCUGGUAUUUUCAGUACACAGCCACGUUCCAUGUGCCUUUGCUUAACGCACAACAAAAAAGACUUUAUUAUACAUUUAUAUGCAAUUUGGUAAAACAAAUCCAAGGUAUUUUCCAUCUAGUCAUCAAAAAGCCUGAAAGAAUGAAUGUUGAUCAGCAAGACUUGAAUUUUUGAGAUCUCUUUUGAUGUGACAGACUUAAAAUGAUCCAGUCUGAGAACACGUGCUCAUUUGGUCAUGUUGUUUUGAUUUUAUUAUUUUAUUAUUACUGUUAAAAACAAAAAAAACCACAAAAGCUUUACUGUGUGAAAUGAAGGAAAAUGUGAGGAAAGUGGAUUCAUGGAUAACUUCUUGUUCACUUUAUGAUUUUAGAGAAAAUGCUGUUACACUACUAUUGUUUUUUAUGGUAUUUACAAUGUAUUCUUUGCCUAACCCUGUAAAUUUUGAAAUGUAACUACUGUAACCUGGAAUAAAUAAAUAAACGUAAAUAGUAACAAAAUGUUUCAUGUUGCUAAACAACUUUAAAAGCGCACAGAUCUCCUGUGCCCCAUCCCCCUUUGGGAACUGUUUUAGGGGUCAGCUAGUUUUUGCCAUUUGAACUGCACAUACUUUAGGAAAC